AUGGGGCUCUCGCCGUCGCCGUCCUCGCCGGAGGGGAGGUGGGACGACCUUCCCGACGACAUAGCCAUCGCCGUCGCGUCCCGCCUCCAGGAGGCCGACGUGUGCGCUCUCGGCGGGUGCUCCCGGUCCUGGCGCCGCGCCUGCGACGCCAACUUCGUGUGGGAGGGCCUCUUCCGCCGCCGCUGGCCGGCCACCGCGGCCGCUAUGGCGGCCGGAGGGGCAGGGGCUUCCCGUGCGCAGGUGGGUACAGACGGAUGGAAAGCUCUCUACAUCAACAACCAUGGAAGAACUUCUGUGGCUAUCUCUAGAGUGGUUGAAUUUGUGGAGAGCAGCACGCAUAACGGUUCGCUUGAAGCUGAAUGUUAUUUGAAAGCUAUGUCUGAUUUGGCAUUGAUGAAGGAUAUAGGCUUCGUCAAUGUCCAGUUUUUCUUGCUUUCAAGAAAUCGCAGUGCGAUAAUAAAUCUUAUUGGAUUGCAUUACUCCAUUGCAUAUUUGCAUAUACUGCCCAAUGAGGUGGAUAAAGCACUUCAAGCCUGCCAGGUAGCAGAAAGGAAGGUGUGUGUGAGCUUGCUCAAGCUUGGUCGAUGGUUCUAUGGUUUUAGGUUGCCUGAUGACUAUGAGUCGUACAAAAACUCACUGAGUUGGCUCACCAGCGACGACGGGGCAAAAGUUCUAGUCAUUCUCAACCGUGGUGCUGUCCAUGAGGUAUUUCGUCUCCAGGUCAGUUUGGUGGGUACAAAUAACUGA